AUGAAUUAUCAGCUCCAGAAAAUUCAUUAAUAAUCAUCUACCGACUCUGAUUAAAAUUAUGGAAUAAAACCAAAUUUUAAAAGAGACCUAAUGACAUAUCAAAUAUUAUAAGAUUUGGAUCUGUUUGAGUAUAUGAUUUUCAAAAGAAAAAUAAUCUUCCUCUAAUAAAUCGUAGUCAUGAAUGUAUAAUAGAUGGAAUUGAAAGAUUUGCAGGUAUUUAAUUUUUUAAUAUUCAGAUGGUAGAUUUUUAACAGUAUUUAGUGCUAUUGAUUAUUGUUGUGGGCAUUAAAAUGCAGGAGCAAUCCUUGUUUUAUAAAAAAAUCUAGAAAUUGUUCCUUAAAUAAUUUAUUCAUAAAACUAUAUGUUUUCAAUUUUAAUUAUGA